CCUUUUAAAACCCCGUCUCCGUUUCGCAGCUCGCCACGGGCAGAAAGAAAAACGGCAGUAGGCGCACGCCACGCAGCGAUGGCCGGGUACCGCCGCACCAUCUCGUUCCCGGCGCCCAAGCCCGCUGCUUUCGCGAUCCACUCGACCGCGAAGGACAGGCUGGCGGCCGCGUACCACGUCCGCUCGGCCAGCCUCCCCUGCCGCUUCCACCCGCUGGUGGCGCAGCUCGACGACGACGUCGCGGCGCUGCGCCUGGUGAUCGGCCAGUCGCCCUCCACGGCGCCGUCCGCGUCGUCCAUCUCGGCGGCGGCGUCGCAGGUGGGGAGGGUGCUCUUGUCGCUCUCGGAGCUGCUGCACCACCCGCAAGCGCAGGAGCCGCUGCGCAGGCUCGGGAGGUCCACGAUCGCGGAGCGGCUGCUCGACGACUUCCUCCGCCUCGCCGACGCGCACGGCAGCUUCCGGGAGGCGCUGGUCGCGCUCUCCGCGCUGCAGGCGGAGACGCGCGCCGCGCUUCGGCGCGGUGACCCCGCGCGGCUGGCGUCCGCGGCGCGCGCGCAGCGACGGGCAGGGCGUGACCUUCCCCGCCUCGCCGCCGCCGCUCGCGCCGUGGUGAGCAAAUCACCCGCGCAGCUACCGGAGGACCUCCCGGCCGACACUGUAGCCCUCGCAGCCGCAGUCGCUGACGCGACGGUGGCCGUGGCCUCCGGCUCCGCGGCCGUUUUCUCUGGCCUCUCCUCCCUCUCCAACUCCGCCGCCGCCGCCCGUGUCGAGGUCGCCUCGACGCCGUGCUGGGUCACCGCCCCCGCAAGACUGACCGCCGGCUCGGACGCACCAAGCACCAGCCACCACCGCAUAUGGUGGGUGGCCGACCUCGUCCGUUGGAUGUCGCGCGCCAAACGGCGGUCCGCCAGGAAACACAACGACGGCAACGGCGACGACGGCGAGUCGUCCACCGUGCAGCUCCGAUCCGAGUCCCGCAUGAAGCCAGAGGAGAAGGCGCGGAGAGCAGCAUUCGAGCGCCACGAGAACCUAGAGCGGUGCAUCGCCAGCAUCGACAACAGCGGCGAGAAGGUCUUCCGUGCUCUAGUCAACACUCGAGUCUCCUUGCUCAACAUUCUUAGCCCAAGCUUCUGAUGUUCGACAUUCUUAGCCCAAGCUUCUGAUGUUCGAACUGCACGAGUUUAAAAUUUGAAUAGCAUUUAAAUUUGGCUUGCAUGCUUGGACAACAUCUGUAUAUACUACGAAAAGAAUCGUCCCAGAAGCAGUCAGUUGUUGGUUCGCAAUCGCCUGCAUCUUUUAGGAGUUUUGGAACCGGUAUUCUGAAUUGCAAAUUAAGACGCGCAUUUUUGGCCCUGUUCUUUCAUUCUUUGGCUCCA